CAUGCGUUAAAUCCCGGCUACGCUACAUUUCUCCAUAGCAUUUCUCGGCUAAUAUUAGCUAACCAUUGAUAAUGCACAUUACGGUCAGUUGUAGUCGCCCUGCUCAAUAACAGCUCCGUUUCCGGACCAGUUAAAUUGGACAUGAAUCGCUACUAUUUCGGUUAUUUAGUCGGACUGGGUCUUCGUUCCCAUUUGCUGAAAAACUCCACUAACCGUCAGCCCUCUGUUUAUUGUCUGAAGUCAGGAGGUCCCCUCCUUCUCAUUCCGCUGCACUGACUGUAGCAGCUGGGUCAGCACUAGCUGCUGCUACUGCUGUUGCUGUCGUACAUUUAAGAAAUUGUUCCUACUUGGCUGCACACGAACAACUCCAGCCCGUCCCGUGAGUCGUCUAUGAUGGGGAACUGAAGUCAAUAACUGUGGUGUUAGCGUGCGCUCCAGCAAGUUCACCAUGAUGUCCAUGACCUUCGGGGUGUCAAGCAGCGUGACGCUGCUGUUUGACUUCUGGGAUGUGCACGGGCCUACAGGGAUGGUGCUGUCGGUGAUUGUGGUCUUUCUGCUGACCGUCUUCUACGAGCUGCUCAAAGUGUGGAGGGUGUGGCUUGGGAGCAGCUCUAAGCUGGCCCAGUCUCAGUCUCCGUACACCGCACCCCCAUCCGUCCGCAGCGACAGCAUCUCCGCCCUGGAGAGCAGCCCCUCAGAGUCCUCGCUGACCCCCAUGCAGACACCCCCUCCCACUGAGAACACCAGACACAGCUGGUUGCUGCACAGUAUCCAGACAGUCCUCCACAUGCUGCAGGUGUCUCUGGGCUACAUGCUGAUGCUGUGCGUCAUGUCCUACAACACCUGGAUCUUCCUCGGGGUCAUCGUGGGCUCUGUCGUCGGUUAUUUCAUCUCAUUUCCUCUCCUGGGUAAGAUCUGAUGGUAUGGACAGUUCAGGCAGAAGAUGGAUUCCCCCCCCCCCCCGCCCCCGAGUUAAGAGGAUCUCCUGAUACUAAAUGGUCUUUGACCAUUAGGACAAUGUGUAUGAUUUGGUUUCUUCGUCUUAAAGGGACAUAAUGUUCUGUUUCUGAGGCACAGUCUUGUUAAUCUUCUCAAACAGCCAACAUCUAAGUGAGUGAUGCAUGUGAAAUAUGGGAGUGCUGCUUGCUUAAACUCGUCUUCCUUUGUUUAUUUAUCCUAAAAUGCAUUGGAAGCUAACACAGCAGAGGUGCAACACUCAGCGACAGAAAGUCACGCGGAGCCCGUGGCAUAUUUCGGUUUGUUUCAGUAAUUCAGUCCUUCCAGAAAAAUAAUUUUUUUUUUUUGUGAUUGUUGCGGGCAAAAAUCCUUGAUUAUGCGGCACGUGUUCUUAAAAAAUGCGAUGGAAUAUGCGGGAUAUUUAUGC